AUGACCCCAACUCCCCCCUCCUCACACCACGACAACCCCACCAAUACCACCAGCGCCGCUCCUUCGCCCGCCUCGAGGAGCACGAGACCGCACAAUCCGGCGUGGAGCGCCGGCUCUACUGCCCGACAGGCCUCCUCUCGUCGCGGCCUCACCCCAAUCUCCACCACCUCCCCCGCGCACCAAAGGCCGCCGAGUGCGAGCGGCAGCCCCUCGCGGGCUGCUCUUUCACCCACCACCCUCACCUUCAGUCACGCCGCGGCUCUGGGUGCCUCUCGCCAGGUCGCGAGCAGGCAGUCCUCCACCUCCUCCAACACCUCACUCACCUCGCCCCCCGCCUCGGGUCACGCGACUGGGCAGUUUGGGAGUGGCAGUCGCACAAGAGCGCCCACGUCAACGGGUAGUCCGCGGCUGUCUUCCACUCUAGCGAGCGUUUCAUCUGCGGCCACUCCAGCGGGUGUAACGAGCUCGGCGACCGGAUCACGUUUUGCCCGGCAGUCUCCUUCACUCUCAUCCACCACCUCACCCGUCUCCUCUUCCACCCCUCACUCCACCAGCGGGUCAGGUCAGCUCACCAGCUUACUCACCACCCAGCUGAACAUCCUCCUCAGCACUCUCAAAGAGAGCAACUUUGACGCGCAGGCCGAGAAAAUCCGCAGCCUCGUCGAUGACAACGGCAUGGACGUCUUCACAACCUUCUUCCGCCGCUUGCUCAUCAGCAAUGCGUCGGCCAUCUUCUCCACCUCCGCCCGCCCGGCAUCUUCGGCCGGCGAUAAUGCUGGACAGUACAAACUGCUAGCGGAAGAGAUGGCCAAGAUAUCGAGGGACACACAGCAAGCAGAGCGCGUUGCGCAAAGUCUGGACACGAACGAGAACGAGGUACUACGCGACUUCGACCUCAGCACCUUUAUGGAUCACUUCAGACUCAACUCUGUCGCCAAAAUGGCGCUGGCACUCCCCAUCCGCUCGGCUUCGAAGCCUGAUCUACGUUCAAAAGCCGACGCCAUCGUCACAAACAACUUCCAACCCUUCCUCUCCGCCCUCUCGUCCCCGCCAAUCCCGGACCCAGACGACGUCGCGCCGAAUGUGCUGGCAAUAUUGAUAGAGCGCCUGGUGGUGGAGCCGCCGAGACACUGGGGAGACGAACACCGCGAGAGUCUCAGUUAUGCGAUACGGAUGCGGUAUAACAGACUGACCACUCGUAUACCGCCCCCGGUACAGUCGGCCAUGCUGCUCAUCGAUCUGCUCGAUUCGCAAGAGAGCGGGCUGGCACGCCUUGUGCAACGGACUGGCCCACGCGGCACAGCAAAUCUCGAGGCGUGCAAGGAUAUGCUCUCCGGCGCAGAACCUCGCGACAUCUCCUACGUGCAGGUGGCCAACGCCCUACUGUUCACGAUUUCUACACAAAGCAGCGACUAUGACCUAGGUAUCUUUGUGGAAGGACUGCGACAACAUCGCGCGGCACCCAAGAUCGACUGGACGGACGUGGUGCAGGCCUUCGACAAAGAGCAGCUCCGCGUCACGAAACCGCAGUUUCUUGCACUCUACAACGCGCUGUUACCACUGGCGAGAGAGUACGCCAACUUCGAUAUCCAAACUUUGUGGGGUGGACACUGGCAGUUUGCGGAAACGCAACUCAGCUUUCUUAUCGCAUUCUUGACGACAUCACCACGGGAACUCGACGUGACGCAAAUCCCCAACCUUCGUCAAGCAUUCACCCUCGAAGGCUUCGCGAGCGCAUCAGACAGCGUCAAGAAUUAUGCGCUGCAAGCGGUCAAGCAUCCUCUGGUCUCUCUGGAUGCCACAGAAGCACUCUUCACCAUGAUUUUCCAGUCACAGGAGACCUAUAUCCAUGCGCAGAUGCUUGGCAUUCCAGACUCCAUCAUCAACCCGAACAUGACCAUAUUCGUGUGCGCUGCGUCCGCGGUCGCCAAGCCGUGGGCCGCGCUACAAGAGCAGGCGCUGAAGCAGCUGUUCCAUCCAUUCUUGCUGAAGCAGCACGACAACUACGAUUUCGUCAUGUAUGCACUCUGGCUUCACGACAAAGUAUGGGUGGCGACGCGUAUCGUGGAGUUCUACCAACUCGAGCCGAUGUUGCUAGGCUUAAUCUACGAACACGCUCAGGAACAGGGAUGGCUCACUGAUCUUGUCACGAUCCAAAGUAGCUUCGCUGUGGACUUGGCCACGUACGCGCAUGGUAAAGGGCAGUUCAACCUCGAAGAGUGGGCCCAGCCACACAUCCGCAAUCUUGGCCCCCAAGCGUUUGCAAGAGUCAUUCAUGAAUUUAUGAAGACCAAGAUGGAGGACGAGACGAUCGUGCAGCGCGAGCGCGCAAACCCUCAGACUGCCCCACUGGCAAUCAAGACCGUCUACCUGCUACUCCUACUACUCGGCGAUGCUCUGCCAGACGAUGAGACCGGGCCUGUGUACCGUCAGUGCCUGCAAACGUACCCUCGCCUGUUCAACUACGGAGAAGAUGACAGCCGCAACGCAAUCAUCGACGAGAAUGGCGCGCACAGUAAUGCUCUGCCUGAUGAAGCAGGUGCGAAGAUGGAGGAACGGUACAAGGAGAUGUACGGUGGCACUACCAACCCCGAACAGCUCGUUGGCGAACUCAAGCGUCUGAAGGUUUCUGAAGAUGCGGCCGAUCAGGAGCUGUUCGCGGCUAUGCUUCAAGGGCUGUUCGAUGAAUACAACUGUUUCGGCGAGUAUCCGAAUGAGGCCUUGGCCACCACCGCAGUCCUCUUCGGUGGCUUGAUUGCAUUCAACGUCCUUUCUGGUGUCGCGGAGCAAGCAGCAAUCUACAUGGUGUUCGAAGCAGUGUCUGAGUAUGCCACGACGGACGCCAUGUAUCGGUUCGGCUUGCAGGCGAUGGUGCACAUCCUGGAUCGAUUAAGAGAGUGGCCUCACCUUGCGGAAAGAAUUCUGCAUACACCUACUCUUCGAGACACGCAGGCAUUCGUCAAAGCGGAAGAAGUAUUGAGGGAGCUGCAACGAGAAGGCGCCGCUGAUGGCAAUGGAGAUGUUGCGUUCAACGGCAUCACCAAUGGAGCCCUUGAUGGAGAUCUCGAGUCCACCGAUACCGCCCAACCCUUCUGGAGCGUGCACAUCGAUCCGCCGCUGAGACCAGAGAUUUACGAAGAUCCGAAUGACGAUGUCAGCGACAAGGUCAUGUUCGUGCUAAACAACGUGUCCAAGCGCAACUUCGAUGAGAAAUUCCAGGAUUUGCGAGGCACACUAGAGGACAAGCAUCAUCAAUGGUUCGCGCAUUACCUCGUGGAGGAGCUCGCCAAGACGCAGAUCAACUUUCAGGGCAUAUACCUGCAGAUCCUGGCCAGCUUCAAUGAGCGAGCUCUGUGGCAGGAGGUGUUGAGGGAGACCUAUGCCAGCUGCCAGAGGAUGCUCAAUGCCGAGCUCACCAUGAACAGCGCUUCGGAAAGGGCCAAUCUGAAGAAUCUGGCAAAUUGGCUCGGUUCUCUGACGCUCGCGAGAGAUCAGCCGAUUUUACAUCGCAACGUGUCUUUCAAGGAUCUCUUGAUCGAAGGCUAUACUACGGAACGUUUGCUUCUCGCCAUUCCGUUCACCUGCAAGACUCUGGUGCAUGCAAAGUCCUCGAGAGUCUUCAAGCCACCAAACCCAUGGCUCGUCGAGCUUCUGGGAGUGCUCUCAGAGCUGUACGAGUACGGCGAGCUCAAGGUUAUGCUCAAGUUUGAGAUCGAAGUGCUUUACCGGGAACUCGGGCUUGAGUUGAAGAGCAUUCCCCCGUUGGAGGUUAUUCGAUCACGGCCGGCGAUGAUGCACGAAAACAACAUGCUUCAGCCAUACGGCGCUGUGGAUGCUGGACCUGACGGCUUUGGUGACAUGGCCAUCAUGGGCCUUUCAAAGAGGGCGCCGAGCGAGCGCUUCACGGCCCAGGAGAUUGUCCAGCGCCUGCCCAGCCUCGAGGAUGUCUUGCAGAUUCCACAAGCUGCUGGUACAGUCACGCAACCCCAGCUGAGGACCAUCUUCGUCACUGCUGCACAGCAUGCCGUCAGCGACAUCAUCACCCCGGUCGUUGAGAGGUCUGUCACUAUCGCCGCUGUGUCAGCAGCCCAGAUGAUCUUGAAGGACUUCGCCACGGAGCUCGACAUCGAGAAGAUGAUGCAAUCCGCACACAAUGUGGUCAAGUCCCUAUCCGGCGCUUUGGCACUCGUCACUUGUAAAGAGCCUCUACGAAUGAGCAUCACCAACAACAUCAGGAUCCUGGCCUCGAGGAGCCUUCCGGAUCAGUUGCCUGAAGGACAGAUUAUCAUGUUCGUCAAUGACAACAUUGAUACCGUCUGCGGUCUGAUCGAACGGGCUGCAGAAGAGCAUUCCCUGGCCGAGAUUGAAGCGCAGCUGGUCCCGGCGGUUGAGGCAAGAAGGCGUCACGCGGCAGAGCGACCAAACGAACCAUUCAGUGAUCACGAGCGAGUGAGUAGAUGGGCGCAGUUGAUUCCCGAGCCGUACAGGCAAGAUCUCAAUGGGUUGAACCGGCAACAGCUCGCACUGUACGAGGACUUUGGCCGACAGGCGAAGAUCACCCCGGCGCAACAUGUCAGCAACCAGAGUCAAGAUGCCAGUCGACAACUCCCAGAUGUCCUUUCGGAUACUUACUUGCCAACCUUGACUACGCCAGCUGAACAGCCUGCACUCCCCAGGCAGACGGUGCAGCAGCGAGGGAUGCAAGGCAUGCCAGGAGCCCAAGGACAGGUGAAUGGGUACGCCGAUACGCCUGAUGUUGGCCACCGUAUUCUGGAACUGCUGCAAGACUUGCAACAAGCCGCUCGUGAGGCUCCCGAGGACCGUAUUGACGAGAUUGGCGAAGAUGCGCCUAUCAGAAGCACCUUUGAACGACUCGUCGCACUCGUCGGUGGAGCAGUCGGCGUACAAAAAGACAAUCUCGCCAUCGCAGCGGGUCGACAGUGCUGGUAUCCCAUCUUGUCUGGUGGGCAGAAGCGCCUGGAGGUUGAAGUCUUCGUGCGAUUGCUCAAGAAUCUGUGCAAGAUCUCUGAGAUUGCGGGAAGGCAACUCACCAUCGAACUCGCCACCAUGGAGGACGACAAGAUGUUCAACGCCAAUGUUGUGGUUGCCCUCCUUGCUGAAAGGCUUUUCGAUGUACAGCAUAUCGACAUGCUGGCCUCUCGGGCGAUCAAAGCGCAUCGCAGCAUCGUACUGCCUUUCCUGCUGGACCUGCUGGAUGAGCUGCUCCUGGGUGAGGACCCGCUGGUGCUUCGAGCAGACUUCGUCUUCACGUACGAAGCGCUAGGACAGUGGCUGGCCGAAGAUCCCACUCUCGACUUGGGCCGAGAGAUCUUCGGGAAGCUGCAGCUGCCGGUCCGUCAGACCAACGGCAUGCCCAGUCCGCCGCAGACGGGCAAGCAAGACCAGCUGGAGUACAUCUUCGAAGAGUGGGUCCGUCUGCAGCGCAAGGAUACGCCAGACCACGCGUAUGUCGCGUUCGUGCGGCAACUGCACGAGAAUCACAUUAUCGGUGACGCGGACGAUGCCAUCCUCUUCUGGCGGUCCACCAUCGAAAUGUCGUGCACGUACUUUGAACGCGUGUCAAAUGCGCCGUGGGCCAGCCAUGCAGCUCCUUACAUCCAGAUCGAUGCCCUCGCCAAACUCAUGGUGUACAUCGUCGCGUAUGCCGCGCCUGUCAAUGGAGACUCGCGCGCCAGGCCGGCCAAAGCACUCGAUGCCAUCUUGCGCUUAGUGGUUCUCGUGAUGAGCGAGCACCACAACAAGCAGCGUGAGCAAUGGAACGCCCGAGUCUACUUCCGCCUCUUCUCGGCGCUCAUGUGCGAGCUGCACUCUGCACGGCGGGAACACUUCGAUGCAUCGGACGAGCAGCAGCUGUCUCAGGUGCUCGCUCUGGCCCUACAGGUCGUGCAGCCUCGACACUUCCCGGGCUUCGCAUACUCGUGGCUCGCGCUGAUCAGUCACCGUUCGUUCGUUCCCGCGCUCUUGGCAGGAAACGGCCGCAACAAUGGAGGAUGGCAGGCAUUCGUCAAGUUGAUGGACAUCCUGUUCGUCAACUUGGAAGACAUGCUACAGGUGGUCGAGACGCCGGUGAUCCACGAGUUCUACCGAGGCGUCACUCGCUUCAUGCUGGUUCUGCAUCACGACUUCCCCGAUUUCUUGAUCGAGAAUUCGCUACAGCUCAACAGUAGCAUCCCAAUCUUGUUCACGCAGCUGUUCAACAUUGUCAACAGUGCUGUGACUCGGGCGACGAUCAAUGAUCAACCCGAUCCUUUUACGGCGGGGUUGAAGAUCAACAGGCUGGACCAAGUGCGGCAACAACCUCCCAUCUCUCCCGCUCUCGACGACAUCCUUGAAAGCUCGGGUCUCAAAGAGCCAUUGGAGCGGGUUUGCAGCUCGUCGGCGGACAACAGCAGCGACGAGGCUCCGGCGAUCUUGGCCAUCCUCAACAGCGCCGCCCCCCGGCCGCAACGUCGCUUGCUCAACGCGCUCGUCCUCUACAUCGGCGUGCGCACCACAGCACCCUCAUCCGCCUUCUCGGCCGCGGCGCCUGCCGCUCGUCUCCUCGAACUGCUCCUACGCGAGUACUCGACAAACCCCGAAGCUCGGUACAGCCUGAUCUGCGCGCUGGUGAACAACGUGCGCUACGUCAACGCACACACGCACUACUUCACCACCGCGCUGCAGCACUUCUUCACCACCGCCGCGGAGGAGGUGCAGCAGUGCAUCAUGCGCGCCAUCUGGGAGCGCCUGUCGAUCCCGCGGCCGCACCCGUGGGGCCUGAUCGUCAUGGUGCUGGAGCUGCUCAAGAACCCCAGCGUGGAUGUGUUUCAGCUGAAUUGGAUGAAGAUGGCGCCGCAGGUGGAGAGCAUGCUGGCCAGUCUGGCGCAUAGCCAGGAGCGGAUGGGGCGGAGUUGA